GAGUUUAUGUCCAGGAUGUCAGGGCUCCCUAGUUCCCUUCUCAGCCCUCCUUCUGUUCCGAGCAACAUACAGGCCCUGUACAUUGGGAUGGAUAGGAUAUCAUUUUCAGAAUGGCUGCGGUUAUUGCCUUUCCUGGGUGUCCUUGCUCUGCUGGGAUAUCUUGCUAUUCGCCCAUUCCUUCCCAAGAAGAAACAGCAGAAGGACAGCUUGAUUAAUCUCAAGAUCCAGAAGGAGAAUCCCAAAGUAGUAAACGAAAUCAACAUUGAGGAUCUAUGUCACACUAAGGCAGUGUACUGCAGAUGCUGGCGCUCUAAAACAUUCCCUGUCUGUGAUGGCUCUCACAACAAACACAACGAGUCAACGGGAGAUAAUGUGGGCCCUUUAAUACUAAGGAAAAAAGAAAUCUAACAAACUCUUAAAUAUGCUGUGACUGAAGGGAAGUCCACUUGUAUAUGUAUAUGUCGGACUUUCAGUCUUAUAAUAAUCACAGGGUUACAUUUUAGUAUAUUUUUAGAUUAUAUUAAAUUUAUAUUUUGUGCUAGAUAUUUAGUAAUGUGUUUUAUACAACAAAAAUGUACUAUAUCUAUGCUUUGUAAUCAUAGCAGAAUUAUUUUUCCAGAAGUGCAGGAAUUGUAACAAAUAUUAAAUAGAUGAUUGAUAGACAAACAGACAGACAGACACCUCUAUUCUAACUACAUUGUAUCAACACUACAGAUUUAACAGAUUUUAAAUCAGUUGUACGCCUAGAUUGCCCAAAACUGGGAAUUUUUGGGGGUUGUCAAAGAUGGUCAUGAUUUUGGUCUUAAGUGGGCAUACAAGCCAGCACUUUGAACAUUGAGUGUGUACAGGAAUCACUUUCUUUGAGAACAAUUAAAGAGAUCCACAAACUAGGAGCAGAGUGUUUUCAGAAGUGAUACAGAUUGUAUAUAAUUGUCUUGUCUGUGUGGUUUAAAAAUUAUGGCAUUAUGUAUUGAUAUUUUGAAAUGCAAAAUAGUUCAGUUUGAGAACUGUCCAUUUUAUUUGCAAAAUUCAUGAUGUUGAGUAAUAACUGGCUGUAUUAAAUAAACUAUAGUAAUUAACUUAUUUGCUACUAAAUCACUUCUUCCCUUAAGCAAAUUAGUUCAUGGUACAUGAACAGUAUAGCACUCUGAACUUUAAAUAAUAUAAUGCUUUCCCCCAUAUUUUCCAGUUCUUGGCCUGUGUAUCUAAUCUACCUGUACAUCUUGUACAAUGUACAUAGUUAAGUUCAGAUUCCCAUGUGCAAGAGUAACAUUAGGUGGUGAUGGUCCAUAUUUUACAUAUAUUAAGCUGUAUGUUCUGGAAAAUAUCAGUUGCUCCAAAGGACCCAGGCAAACAAAUAAGGAAACAGCAAAUGAUGCUAGAUUGAGCUGUUAUACCAACUAUUUGUUCUGUUGAAGAAAUGGCCUGAAAUCAAAACAAAUCUUAGACAUUGUAUAGUCACAUAAAAUGUAAAUUCCUUUUCCAAGAUCCUACAAGAAUUAAUAUCAAAAUAAGAGGACACCUUUGCUUUAACCCCAGCUUUUGGAGUGCACACACAUUUGGAAGUUUUGCCCAAACAAAACAGCUUCCACAGAAGGCAUGAUCAAUCACAAGCACUUAUUUACUAGAAGAAAGAAUAUAAAAUAGAUCUCCACUAUCCAUUAUAUCCUCUAGCAUGUGAUGCAUACAGUGAUGCUUAUAUAUUUUUUCUGGACACUUCACCACAUGUCCAAACAACAUGCCCCAUGCUCUGUGUUUCCUGCCCCUUGAGCCCCAUUGGCCUUUUCCCACUAACACUGGGUCCCUCCAGGCCUUGGGCCUGAUUUCUGUAAUAUGGCCAAAAGCCCCUGUUUAUGGAAGUCAACCAAAGUUGGGCUUAAGUGUGAGAGAGUUUUUGUUUUUGUCUUGAGUGUUUAUUGGUAACAAUAAAACUUUCCCCAUAGUGGACAAAAACAAUUUCAGGAUUAUUUCAACAGGGAAGCAUUCUGUAUUCUCCAUAUUUUUAAAAGCUUCAAAGGUUUCUAGGCAAGCCAAUUAAAAGUAGGAAUUAGCAUGCCACUAUUAGUGAAAGCACUUUUUAUUUUUUUAAAAAAUUGAGGUGUUUGGGAUGAGAAAUUAAUAAGUCCUAGUGACUUUCUAAAUGUGUGUGUUUAUGUAUGUAAAUAAGUAAACAUAUACUCUAUACAUAUCCCUUGUAUAGCUAUGUUUUAUUUUUUAAAGUUUUUAUAAGCAUGAUGGGAACUUAUUUUUCCUCCGGCACAGUAUGGUCUCUCUCUUUCACAGGCAUAGCAGGUAGGAAAGAAAUUCCACCAGGGUAACACAGAGAACUAUUGCAAGAAUAAUUAAUCUAAUCACACUAGGAAAUACUAAGCUUUCUCCUUCUUCAUAUUCUUUUCCAUUUUCCCCCAAACCUAUGCCCUCUAUGACAUAAAAGUAAAAAAUGGAGUUACAUAUUGAACAUUACAGGUUCUCAUGGUGUCCUGUGAUUUGUAUAUUGUAUUUCUUGAGAAGUCUUUGAUACUCCCUCCACAUUUGUAUCAAGGAGAAUUAAUCAAUAAAACAUGACAUUGCAGAGAAAAUAAAUGCAACAAACCAAUAAAAAGAAUCUAUGUUCAGAUUCAAAGAUUCAAGGAUAAAACCACAAACUUGUUUCUUGGCAUUUCCAGGCAAGCCAAUUAAAAGUAUUAUUUAUUACUAAUCUAUUAAAAAAUAAUUUUCCUAGAAUAUCCAUAGAUUGGAGACUCUAUCUAAAUCAUAGAUUGAGGCAGAGAUAAAUAUAAUUAAAAGAAAAUGAAAGGACUUAGCUGUUUGUUGGAACUUUUAAACUGUUCCUCAACUCAAUGUGUUUAUUAGUAAAUAAAUAAAAGUCAUAAGCCUUUUCGUCCAAACAAAAAUGAACACUGAGCUCUUUGAAUGUUGAGGCAAACACUAUUAUCGACAUAAAAAAUGUGCAAUGUAUUGUCCCUAAAUAAUAGGUGCUCUUUAAGCAAUAAAGUUGCAUGUGAAUUGUCUUCUAUUUGAAUCACACAGAUUUCCAAAAAAAACAUUUGAUCCCCUUCACUAGAAGUUUUGGUUUCAGUUUAACAGAAAUCAUACAUCUAGAUGUGGGAUAAUUUCAUUUCUUUAACUUUGCUUGUCAUAACUAUAUCAUGAACAAAGAAAACAUGAUAACAUUUACAU